AAGAUGCCUUUAAAAAUAUUGGGAAAGGCAGGAAGGCUGCUUGAUUUGCAAGUAGAAAAGAUAUCUUUUUCCAUUAUUCCUUUGGUAACAGUUGCUUCCACUCUCUUUCAUUUGUUUUCACAUUCUUUCUCUCUGUUUCCCUGGCCCUUGAAACAUAUAGGAGCCAGAAGGGCUAUGAGAUCGAAGAGGAAAUAGGGCAGGAAGUACAACAGUGUUAUUUUGUUCAGGCCUUUCCUGCAGUGCUGGACCCAAGAGUGAAAUGGCUUAUGCUAUCCCAAAUUUCUAUAUGCAUUUUUUGGCUAGAUCUCAGCCCUGCCUGAUACUGCCAGCUCUUUCAGCCUUCUGGAAUCAAAGAAAAAGUGGACACCUUUUACAGUAUUUGAGAUACGCAACUGAUACUCCUAUAGCAGAGAAUAAAACUACUGUAGAAUCUCUCUCCAAGUUAUCUGUGGAUAUAAAGAAAAUCCGUGGGCUGAAGCCAUGGGUGCUGUCAAAAGAGGUGACGUAUAUCAAAGAAAUAGUUAACAUUUUGCAAAAAAUGGGAGCUGAUGGACCUUCAGUAGCAUAUAUUUUUGAAUGCUGUCCUGAAGCCAUCCUUUGUAGCCUUACCAAUAUCACUUGUCAAAGAGACCUGUGGUUAUCUGUCUGUCAAAACGAAAAGCAGUUACUGGAGUUAAUAAAACGGUUUCCAGAUGUUUUUUUUAAAGUUGAACAUUAUGAAAAUCAGAAAGCCAACAUUAGACUCUUCAAAGGAUUGGGACUGAAGAAUGUUAUUAUCUGCAGGUUUCUAACAAGUGCAUCAAGUAUUUUUUACAAUCCUGUUGAGAAGAAUAAGCACAUGAUAGAAACUCUGCAAAGGAACUAUUUAAGACUAGGUGGUUCACAGGGAAAUUUGAAAAACUGGCUAUUGAAAUUACUGAGUCAAAAUCCAUUUAUUUUAUUAAAUACUUCUCCUGCUGUCCAAGAAAACCUGGAGUUUCUUCAGAACAAUCAGUUCACUGAUUCUGAAGUUCUAAGCCUGCUGUCCAAGCUCAAAGGAUUUAUUUUUCAACUUAACCCUAGCAAUAUGCAGAGCAGCCUCUUGUUUUCAAAGAGCAUCUUCAACUGCAGUGAUCAAGAAUUAAAAGAGCUAAUAUUACAGUGCCCUGCCCUUCUCUAUUAUUCAGCUCCGGUUCUGAAGGAAAGACUGGAGGAACUAUUGAAGGUGGGAAUUUCAGUAGACCAAAUCAAAGAAUCGCCCGCUGUGUUAGAAUUGUCAACAGAGAUAAUUCAAUAUAGGAUUAAAAAAUUAGAUGCCAUAGGAUACAGUCUAAAAACUGGAACGAUAGAAUACCUGAAUGGGACAAAAAAAGAUUUUGAAACUACCUAUGGAAAGAUACAAGCAAAAGGUGAGAGACCCAUAUAUAAUCCAGUUGCUCCUUUAAAUACUGAAGAUUAGUUUCCAGCACCUGCCUAAUAAACACUAUAGGAAAGUCUAGAGAAAGAGGAAGACAUGACCAGUUUGUCUUUCACAACUCAAAUAAAUUGGAUGUAACUGUUGCUUAGAAACUGAGUUUGUAUUCAGGCCUUUCUAAAUCAUUGUUUCUAAACAUGCAGCUCUGUCUUGGAAUUAAUAGGAUCAAACUGAAGUCCUGUCUGAUCCAGCACCUUGUUCCUACAGUGGCCAACCACAUUUCUAUGGGAAAGCUACAAGCUGGACAGUGCAGUAGCACCGACUGCUCAUGUUCUCUAGGCACUGAUAUUAAAAGGCAAUUUUUUCUGAUACUGAAAGUAAUAUAUAGCAAUCAUGCCUAGAAACCACAGAUAGCCUUAUAUUCCAUGAAUUCAAUUUUUCAAAACCCUAAGACCUGUGAGAGGAUUCUCUCUAGUUCUUUCCCAU